CCUUUCCACUUUCCCCUCCUGAGAAACCACCCAGAAUUUGAAGAGAAAAGCUCUUUACGCCAUUACAUCAGACAUCGAAUCUAGCCCUACUUUCGUAAUUUCGACUCCAUAAUCAAGUCCCAGACAUUCUUCAGACGACUCAUUAAUUCCCCUCUCCGAUCCUUCCAUAGAUUUGCUUGCUGCUUUCCCCUCUGCUUCACUCCCAACUCCUGAGUCGUUUCCCAAUUUUGAUCUUCCUUAAAUACCCACCCCCCUUGGGGCUUCAAGAACCAUCCAUAGAGCUAAAGCGUUAAUAGAGACCGAGAUGGCGUUGUCUGACUGCGUGGUGGGGAACUUGACGACGAUCUAUGUGGUCGUGAUCGCGGGGAUCAAGGUCUACGGGUGUGCCUGUGGCCGGAGCUUCAGUGGUGGUUUUGUGCUGAUUAUGUCGACAAUCGUGGUGGGCCUCAUCUUGAUCGGGACGCUGACUUGGGACGUGUCCCGCAAGGCCACGUAUGCAGUUUCGCGCGAGCACGCCCACGAAAUGUGCAGGGGUGGUAUAUGUUGGCACGGCGUGGCGGUGAAGUCUCCUGCUUCUCAGGUCCGGUUCAGGUUACCGCAGCAAACCCCACACGGCCGUUUGUAAAAACAAGCUUUAAGUAAAAAAGCAAAGAGAGAAGGGUUUCAACACUGUAAGAUAUAAGUCUUCUUUUUGGUUGGUGGUGUUUGUUGCUUGAGUUUUUGUCUUUAAAUAUUAAAAACCACGAGGUGUUUGCUAUUUUGAUUGAGAGGAAGAGAGUGUACAUAUAAUAAUUACUAUCGAAUGGAAUCAGUUUUGUGCAUAAAGUAAAGGCCCCAGCGUGUUUGUUUAGUUGUCCUUGCUGUUUCCUUUGCUUCCAUAAGGUGUUCGUAUACGGAGGAAGGAGAUGAAUGAUUGGAAUGUUGGCGGAGGGGAGGCGCUCCAAAGUUCCAUGGGCAACGAGAUCAAGGCCAACGACUUAUCUUCACGAUGAUCGAGGCAGCGAACGACAUAAGAGGGAGUAUGGAGGUGGAAUAAAUGACGACGCCUAGCGUUGUUUCUGUACGCAGACAGAGCCUUCAGAAAGAUGUCUCGGCCACAAUGUCUUUGGAAAAAAUACCUUUUGAUCUAUCCGAUCAUCCUAAGCUUGAUUCGGCAAAUUAUGGGUUUAAUUUGCGAGUGAUAAUGCUGUGCUUUGGUAUUGCUACAUGUCAAUUCAGGCCAUGUCCAUCCGGGGAUUGAGGGAAAGGGUUGGGGAGACCGAUUGAGCUGACGGUAGGUAUUAGCAGCAGCACGAUACGAUGGAGAACCUAAAAAUGGCCAAGCUAACCUCUUGAAAUGAUAGCCUUGAUGUAUGCAUUGUGCGUAGAUCUAUAGUUUUAUGGUCUCUAUUCUAUUCUUGGUAAUGCGUCGAAAGGCUUAGAUGUCGCGCAAUUUCUGUUGAACGGAUUUGUCGGGAGGUUUGUCUGAGUUGUUUAGAUAUCACUUCUGAAUUUCUGUAGUUUUAUCUUUUAUGGUA